CAGCGCAGCAGCAGCGCCAUCCACCAGCCAACAGGAGCAACCCAAACAACGGAUCGGAUACCAACUGCCAGCGCAGCUAGCCAAGGACAGAAGAUCAGCGCCAAUUUUCCCGCGCGAGCCACUGGGCCAUUCAACUUGCGGCUGCAUCACGACAUUCCUCGUCCUGCAACCAUUCCUCUUCACGAUUUUCCCACCUUACAUCCCAAACUUGAUAAUUUCACAACCGCCCCGCGAAACGUCACUUGCUCUCUAUUCCAUAUCGCGACCUUCUCACUUGCGCAAAACACAACCACACAAACAUAUCACAAUGUCUUCUAACCAGUACGACGCUCAGGCUUCUACCAACUACAAGGAGGCCUUCUCCCUGUUCGACAAGCGCGGCAACGGCCGUGUCGCCAUCGACAGCUUGGGCGACCUUCUCCGCGCCUGCGGCCAGAACCCUACCCUCAACGAGAUCCGCGACCUCGAGAAGAACGUCGGCGGCGACUUCGACUUCGAGACCUUCCAGCGCAUCCUCAACCGCCCCGGCGGCUUCCGCGACCCCGGCGAACCCGAGGAGUACUGCCGCGGUUUCCAGGUCUUUGACAAGGACAUGACGGGCUUCAUCGGUGUCGGUCAGCUCAAGUACAUCCUGACCAACCUCGGCGAGAAGAUGUCCGACGACGAGGUCGACGAGCUGCUCAAGGCCGUCGACACCAGCUCUGGCCAGGUCAACUACACCGAGCUUGUCCGAACCAUCCUCGCCAACUAGAUCCAUCCAGCGAGCGAGUGUUGUACGAACAGAUCAGAGGAACGAGCCGGAAGCAGUUUACGAAAAGAGGAGAAAGAGACACUUGCAUGGCUGGCAGGAUGGGAAAUGGCGUUUGCUUUUGCGUUGCGAUUGCGUUGUUCGCUAUUGUAGGGAAUUUGGGUAUUCUGGAGUUCACCCCCGCCUCCUCAAAGGCGUUGCUCCGGACCACACGACACAUGUACGGGACUAAAUAGAACCGAUAACAAAAGAAAUAAAUACCAUGAUACCAACA